AUGGACCCUCAUCGCUGUGACGACGAGACGGACUACGAGGAUGAAGAAGUAGACCCUCGCAUCCAGGGCGAGCUGGAGCGACUCAACCAAUCGUCCGACGACAUCAACCGAUGCGAGAUGGAGCUGGAGGACGCCAGGCAAAAAUUCCGCUCUGUUUUGGUUGACGCCACCGUCAAGCUCGACGAGCUGCUCGACAAAAUCGGGAAACCCGUCGACGAGUCCAAACCGUACUGGGACGCUCGACGUCUAACCCGACAGGCCCAGCUGGAAGCCCAGAAGGCCACGCAGGACUUUCACAGAGCUUCCGAAGUCCUCCGCGCCGCCAAGGAGACCAUCUCGCUGGCCGAGCAGCGCCUCCUGGAGGAGGACCGACGCCAUUUCGACUCAGCCUGGCAGGAGAUGCUCAACCACGCCACGCAGCGGGUGUUGGAGGCGGAGCAAGAGAAGGCCAGAAGCGAGGCGGCACACAAGGAGACGGCGGAAAAGCACGCGGCGGCUAUCGGGCGCAUGAAGCAGCUGGAGAAGAAACUCAAACGCACUAUCGGGAAGUCCAAACCCUACUUUGAAAUGAAAGCCAAGUUCUACCUGCAGCUCGAGACCCUGAAGGCGACGGUGGACGAGCGGCAGGCUAAGCUAUCCCGAGCCAAAGCCGAGUACAAGGCGGCCCUGGGGAACUUGGAAGCCAUCUCGGACGAGAUCCACCAGCGCCGUCGCAACUCCGUCAUGGGUCCGCGCGAGCGCGGCGUCGGCUCGGACGGCGACCCGUCGUCGGACGGCGUUUCCAUGAUGUCAAUGUGCUCGGAUGACGAAGCCGGCGGCGUCGCCGCCUCCGAGGAAGACUCGGAGACGCGUUCCACGUCCAGUUUGGGUUCCCCCCCGGACAGCCCUAAGGAGGCGGCGUCUCCGUGCUCCUUCGCCACUUCUUGUCCGUCGCCGACGCCCUCCCGCUCUUCUUCCACCUCCUCGCCUUCGUCCGGGCCGCCCUCCAGGCCGCGCAGCUUGGACCUGCCCAACUCGGUCUCCCUGUCGGACUUCGGCCUCAUCUCGCCCGUGCUCGGCCCUCGGAGCGACUGCAGCGGGGCCUCGUCGCCCGAGUGCGACGUAGAAAGAGGCGAGCGAGCCGAAGGCGCCGAGGUGACGCUGGACAACGGGCCGGCCGUGGUCAGCAACCGGAGCACCGACAACCGCAACAAUAACAACAACGGCGCGGCCAAGAGGAGGAGGAGCUUCAACUUGGAAGCUCGGUUCAGCUUCCUCAAUCUGCGACGCCAACGCAGCGACGCCAAAAACACGGACAACUUUGCGCAAAAGGCCGUCGUGGUUAAAGGACUGUGA